AUCCAAAACACGUCCGUUGUUUGACCACGACCGUGGACGCAUCUCAGUGUGUGUCCGUAGUGAGCGCGCGCGACAACUUCAACGAACCAAUACCAUGCGCCAGCUGAGCGCCAAAAUCUGAAUUCGAAUUUAGAAUUUUUUCUUUCUUUUUUUUCUGUUUAUUUUUUAAAACCAGAUUCAGAAUGUGGAAGUGUUUAUUUAUUGUGGUGAUUGUGGCAUUGACUUUCACUUGCUCUGAGGGUGAUGUAGUCCAGGACACAAGGGGGCUAUACACGAAGAAUGUCUUCGGCGGGCUGUGGGGCAACCGGCCGCCGCUGAUAGAAGCCAACCAACCUAGGACCACGUGUUCUUGCAAAUGUGGCGAAAGGAACGAGGUAUCGCGUAUCGUGGGCGGCGAUGAGGCUGGCAUCAACGAGUUCCCCUGGAUGGCUCGCCUGUCCUACUUCAAGCGGUUCUACUGCGGGGGGAUGCUCAUCAAUGACAGAUAUGUGCUCACAGCCGCACAUUGUGUUAAAGGAUUCAUGUGGUUCAUGAUCAAAGUGACCUUUGGGGAGCAUAACCGCUGCAAUGCCACCUCUCGGCCCGAGACCCGGUUCGUGCUGCGAGCCAUCGCCAACAAGUUCAGCCUCACCAACUUCGACAAUGACAUAGCUCUGCUCCGUCUGAACGAGAGAGUCCCCAUCUCGGAGACCAUCAAGCCUAUCUGUUUGCCUACUAACAACCAAAACCUCUACGUGGGCGUGAAAGCUGUCGCAUCAGGUUGGGGUACCCUCACCGAGGAGGGCAAGGUUUCGUGUACACUCCAGGAGGUAGAAGUACCAGUCAUCAGCAACCAGGAAUGCCGGAACACCAAGUACACCGCCUCUAUGAUCACGGAUAACAUGCUGUGUGCUGGAUACCCGAAGACAGGACAGAAGGAUUCUUGCCAGGGCGACAGCGGUGGUCCACUGAUAGCUGAGAGGAAACACGACAAGCGCUACGAGCUGAUCGGCGUAGUGUCAUGGGGCAACGGUUGCGCAAGAGUUGGUUACCCGGGCGUUUACACUCGAGUUACUAACUACAUCGACUGGAUACGUGAGAACACACAGGAUGGCUGCUACUGUACCGAUUAGUGUCCACAGACAACAUUGGUAUACAAUUAGUAGUGUAAAAA